GGGACUGUAGGGUGAAUGAGGAGGGGCAUAAGACCACAGGAGUGGAGGGGCAGUGGCAGUAACUUUGAGUGCAGGGUUGAGGGACCUGGUCUCCUGCUGGGAGAAGGCCCCCCAGGCACUGGGCCCACCCAUGGCCCUGAAGUUCCACUUGUCACUGGUAGAGCAGCAGGUGGAAGCUGCCAGGACCCUGCUGUUGCCUCCGCCAGGGGCCAACCUGGUGGGGGGAACCUUCCUGAGUUCAUCAGAGCAGAAGCUGAGCCUGCACGAGCUGCUGCAGGGUCUGGAGCAGGGGUGCCCCCACCGGCCCACUGCCCUCUCCCCUCUGGAGGACAUGGAGGCCUCUGUCAUCACCGUGGAUGGGCAGCAGGAGGAUGAUAUCACCGUGCGGGAGGGCACCGGCCUGGACAGCGCCUCCCUGGACUCUCUGUAUGGCCUGUUUUACGGCAAGCCCUGCUGGAUGCCCUUCCAGGCCACUGCCAGUACAGCCACCAGUGCCACCUCUGGCUCGCCCGGGAACCAUGACCCCAGCAUGGAGGAGCACCUGGCGGUCAUGUACGAGAAGCUGCAGCAUGAGUUGCCGAAUUUCUUCCUGAAGGUACCGGACUAUGGGAUCUACUCCCAGGAUGUGGAGUUCGUCAACGAGAUCCUGCACCUGAGAACUCGGGGCCGAGCCAUGUACCAGCUGGCACUGACCCUGUGCCGCCUCCUGGCCUGGAACUACUUCGCCAACAUGCGGCUGGAGGUGCUGAAGCUGACGCAGCACCCCGAGAACUGGAGCGUCCAGGCCCGCUGGCGCAUCAUAGGGCUUCCUUUCCAUGUCCUCAUGCUGCGUUUCUACAAGAGGGACAAGAGAGAGCUGUACAGGACCUAUGAUGCCUAUUCCACUUUCUUCUUGGACUCCAGAGGAUUGAUCCGCUGUCACCGGAUAGACAAGCUGAUGCCGUCCCAGCCGCCUGUGGUCAAGGUGAAGAAGCUGCUGGUGGCCACUCUGGUUGGCCUGGGCCUCUCGGAGCACAGACCCUCUCUGCAGCUGCUCUUAUCUGCCCUGGCUGGCAAACAGCAGGGGGCGCCAGUGGGCUACAGGGACAGCUGAGCCAGCCCCUGAGGAACCCAGGCUUGGCCUGGUUGUUGUGACUCUUGUGAGCUGAUGUCGCCUCAACGCACAAAGCCCGGCCCACCAGCUCAGCUGCAUGGUCUGUGCCCUGCCCCCUCCCUUCCAAGCACUGUAAAGAACCACUAUAACUUAACUGUACAUAAUAAAGCCCUGUGGAGAGAUG